UGGCAUCAUGUUAAUUUGUUUAUUGCAACAUCCUUCACCGGCAACAACACACGUGCAUAUUGAACUGAAGCUAAGUAGCAGUAAAUUUCUGUUUCCAGCUUCCAUUUAAAUUCCACUUUCCAUUUAAAAGACUGAAUAUGAGCUGGUUGUUUGGAGUUAAGAGGGAUCCUGUUCCUGAUUUCAGUUCUAUGAAUGUUUCCAGUGGUAGUGGAUCUCCGCCAGAAAAUCAAGGGACCGGCGAUGGAGGAUCAAACUCAGGCUCCAAUGAUGAUAGGAAAUCUAUGUCUUAUAGAUUUGAUUCUUCAGCUUUGGAAAGAGCAGCGAAAGCUGCUAAAGAAUUGGAACAAUCUCCUAAUGCAAAGCAGUAUUUAGACUUAGCAAAGAUGCAGGAAGUGAAUUUGCAGUUAGAAAAGCAGACAAAAAUUAAGGAAUAUGAAGCUCUGAUUGAAAACUCUAAAUCUGAACAAAUUCGUGUUCAACAAGAAGAAAGGAGAAAAACUAUCGCAGAAGAAACUAAGCACAAUCAAGCGAGAGCACAAUACCAAGAUCAAUUAUCUAGAAAACGAUAUGAAGAUCAAUUGACACAGCAGCAAAAAGCGAAUGACGAAAAUCUCAGAAAACAGGAGGAGUCUCUGGCAAAACAAGAAGCUAUGCGAAGAGCUACCCUAGAGAAAGAAAUGGAUGUGAGACAUAAAAGUGAAAUGAAAAGAAUAGAGGCUGAAAUGAGAGCAAAAGGAAAAAUUGAACGUGAAAACCAAGAUCUUUACUUGGAACGAAUAAGAGUGAAAGCUUCAGAAAGUCGUACAACUGUCCUCGAAUCACUCAAAACAGCUGGAUCUAUUUUGGGUGUUGGAUUCAAUGCAUUUCUCAGUGAUUGGAGUAAAGUUACAACAUCAGUUGCUGGUGCCACAUUGUUGGUUUUAGGUUAUUAUUCAGUGAAGCGAGGAACCGGUAUUGCAGCCAAAUACAUUGAAGCACAUCUUGGAAAACCAUCUUUAGUACAAGAGACUUCACGCUUUAGUUUACUAGAAGCUUUAAAACAUCCUGUGAAGACAACGAAGCGUCUUUCAAAUAAGCCUAAAGAUGUUUUGCAAGGUGUCAUCCUUAGUCCUGCCUUGGAAGAAAGACUCAGUCAGAUAACUAUUGCUACAAGUAACACAAGAAAAAACAAAGGAAUGUAUAAGAAUCUAUUGCUCUUUGGUCCACCCGGAACAGGAAAAACUUUAUUCGUUAAAAGAUUAGCUCAGCAUUGUGGAAUGAACUAUGCAAUAAUGACUGGUGGAGAUGUUGUAGCAAUGAGAGAAGAAGGUGUAACAGCUAUAAAUAAAGUCUUUGACUGGGCAAAUAGUUCUCGGAAGGGAUUACUUUUGUUUGUUGAUGAAGCUGAAGCAUUCCUCCGAAAAAGAAGUUCCGAACAUUUGAGUGAAAAUGUCAGAGCAUCAUUAAACACUUUUCUGUACCAAACUGGAGAACAGUCCGAUAGGUUUAUGUUGUGCUUGGCUAGUAACACACCAGAACAGCUAGAUUGGGCUAUGGAUGAUCGAAUGGAUGACAUUGUGGAGUUCAAAUUGCCUGGUUUAGCUGAAAGAGAACGUAUGAUACGUUUAUAUUUUGAUAAAUUUGUCCUUAUGCCUGCUACUGAAGGAAAAAGACGUUUCAAAUUAGAUCAAUUUGACUACAGUUCAGUUUGUUCACAAAUUGCUACAGUAACAGAAGGUUUCUCUGGUCGUGAAAUAGUCAAAUUGGCAUCAGCGUGGCAGUUUGCUGCUUAUGCAUCAGAUGAUGGUGUUUUAACUAAAGACAUGGUUAUGAAAGCUGUUGAAAAUGCUCUGAAACAACAUCAAGACAAAGCAAAAUGGCAGACUACUGAAGAAGCUAAAAAGCAAGUCCUGGACGCUUCAACGCCCAGGGCUAUUCCAUUAGAAUAUCCUAAAUCAUCACCAUCAUAAUUAGGUAUAAAUUUAGGAAAUAUAUAAAUUUUCAAAGACAAAUUAGUAAUUAAUCUUUAUUGGCGAGAAGCGUUGGCCAAGUCAUUAGAAUCAUCGCCUUGGAGUUUUGUGAAAUGUAGAAGAAGAAAAAAGUAACUGUGUCAGCAAAAGAUAGAAUCAAAUGCUAGUUUAACUGUGA